AUGCGGCGGAUACCGCUCCCCAACGGCCUCCUCGCCAGACGGACCAGCCAACGCCCUCUCUCGAGCUCUUCACGCGCCCGUGUCCGCCAUGGGAAGCAUGAGCACGACGGCGACGACGUCGUGGACCUGGCGUUCCAUCGCCACAACCCGCCCGAGAAGACGAACACCAAGGGCCCCGGUCCCUUGAUCAUCAUGCACGGGCUGUUCGGGUCGCAGCGCAACAAUCGGACGCUGAGUAAAGCACUAGCCAAAGACCUCUCUCGCCCCGUCUACACCAUCGACCUCCGCAACCAUGGCGACUCCCCCCACUCGCCCGUGCACACGUACACGGCCAUGGCGCGGGACGUGGAGCAUUUCCUCGACAGGCACAAGAUCACCUCGCCGACACUGAUCGGGCACUCCAUGGGCGCGAAGGUCGCCAUGACGCUCGCCCUGCGCCAGCCAGAAAGAUACUCGGCCUUGGUGCCGGUGGACAACGCGCCCGUGGACGCCGCCCUGAAGGGCGACUUUGGCACGUACCUGGAGGCGAUGAAGGAGAUUGACGAGAUGAGGCCGCGGCCCAAGCGGCAGAGCGACGCGGACAAGAUCCUCUCGAAGUACGAGCCGGACCUGGCAAUCCGGCAGUUCCUUCUGACAAACCUGGUCAAAAUGCCCGUCGUGCACGGUACCCCAGGCCAGCAACAGCAACAGCAGCAGCACGCAGCACGCAAGGACAAGCACCACGAGACGGAGCUGCGCUUCCGCAUCCCGCUGCACACGCUGGCCAAAUCGCUGCCCAACAUGGCCGACUUCCCCUUCAAAGACCCGGACACGCACAAGUACAAGGGCCCCACGCUCGUGGUGCGCGGCACCAAGAGCCACUACGUGGCCGACGAGACCUUGCCGGUGAUCGGCCGGUUCUUCCCCAAGUUCGAGCUGCUGGACUUUGACUGCGGCCACUGGGUCAUGAGCGAGAAGUUUGAGGAGUUUCGAAGAGCGCUCGUCGAGUGGGUUGACCGGGUUGUCGAUGAGGAGGUGUAG